ACUACCGUGGAAAAGUAGCCGGUAGCAUUUUCAGCGAGAUUUAGCUGUAUGCGCGUGAAAAGCACGCAGGAAGGAGCCCGUGACGGUUCUGAUCAAUCGCUGUGCAGUGGUAACCUGCUUUGUGAUGUGGUGGAAGGAUCUUCUUCCGUCUUGGUUCUCGAAUCCCGAGCCUUACACUGCUGCUUGGACCACCAUCACCUCAGCAUGGCUAUAACUAUAAUCUAGACAAGGCAAUGAAUCCUUCUCUCACUUCUUCCUCAACCUUGUCGUCGUCUUCUUCGUCCUGGUUCUCCGGAAUCGUUCGAGUUGGCCGUUCCAACAGUGUCAAAAUGUCCAAUAACUCCGCUGCUGCACCCUCCUCCGACACUGCCGGCCCCGUCGUCCGCAAAAAUCAGUUCCGAGGUGUUCUUUUCAAGUACGGUCCCAAUCCUAUUCAGGUUGCAUUUAAGACUGGUGAUUUCAAGCGGCAAGUCAUUUUUAUUGGUGGAUUGACCGAUGGUUUUCUAGCUACUCCAUACUUGGAACCUCUGGCAAUUGCUCUGGACCAUGAGAAUUGGUCGUUAGUUCAAUUCCUUAUGUCAUCUUCAUACAGUGGAUAUGGCACCUCCAGCUUGCAACAAGAUGCUAAGGAGCUGGAUCAGCUGAUUAAUUAUUUAAUUAACAAAGAAGACUCUGAAGGUGUGGCAUUACUUGGGCAUAGUACUGGCUGUCAGGAUAUUGUGCAUUACAUGCGCACAAAUUUUGCUUGCUCCCGAGCUGUUCGUGCUGCCAUCUUUCAGGCUCCAGUCAGUGAUCGGGAAUAUCAAGCUACACUCCCUCAUACAGCUUCUAUGAUUGACUUGGCUGCUAAGAUGAUAAGUGAAGGCCGAGGUCUAGAGUUAAUGCCAAGGGAAGCAGAUCCUAGUGCCCCAAUAACUGCCUAUAGGGAAAAUUCCAUUGAACAGUGCUCUGGAUUCAAAAGGAAAAUGCAAUUGAGAGCUGAGAAUAAAGAAAUCAGAGGAGAUAAACUCCACGACCCUGUGGCAGGAGGCACCCAAAACUGCCAAAUUGAUUUCCUACCUCUCAUUUCCUCCCUAGUCCCUUGAAUCCCCCCACUCAACCUCUAACUUUACCCCAAUGCUUUCAUCACUUCUUACCAUGUAUUCAUGUUUGUUACAACAUAUGUAAAUCCCUUUUUGCCCUUACCAAUGUUUGAGUUUCUACAUAAUUCCUAGUUUACUUUUUUUAGUUGAUCCCUUCAAAGAAUGGUGUUGUGUGCAUAUUUGUCAGCAACCCAGAAACAGAGAAAGAUAAAUAAUACUUUUGUACUGUAUAUUGAAUUGAAUUACAAAGAACAGGAGACAAAGUUCCCUUCCGUGGGUUUCUCUUUUCUACAGAGCUGAUGCAGUUCCCUAAUGAUAACAAGUCAGAAUGCCUACUUCUUCUACCCUUCUAUUUAAAGCUAAUUUCAUGCCCUAAAACUUUAACCACCUAACUAUACUAACUUUUGGCCGUAUCAAUGUCAAUUGCAAAAAGCCACAAGUUUUGCUCGACACAGAUUCUCCUCUACUGCUGUUUUAAUGACAGGUUUCCAAAUAAGUUAGUGCUAUUAGUAAAAGGUUUCAAGUUGUCUGAUAUUGAUUUUGAGCUAGGCUAUAUCAGAUGUCAAAUAGACAACUUGUCACCUACUAAGUAAUAUCUGUUUUCAAAGACAUUAUUUACUUUUUCAUUCCUCUUCCAUCCUUAAUUACCUUUCUCUCCUUAAUGUAUUGUAGCAAUACCACUUGCAUGACAUGUUGAUGGAUGAGAAAUAUUUACUGUUUGCAAAAGUUGAUAUUGAUUAUACUGCAAAAAGGUGUUUGUUUGGUGUCUUGUGCUAUUGUUCCCUUCCUAAAGAGCA